AAUGGUUACAGGAAGAAGUGCGGGAAAUUAGAGUGGGAGGAGCGAUAUAAAGAUGAGCGUCUUGCCAAGGUUCGGAAUAGAAGAAUAGAUCCGACAUCAUGCGGAGAUAUCGAACGAUCGGGCUUUUUACCUUGCUGGCUUUUCUCUGUAUUCGAGCACAAGCUGCAGAGAUCAUAGUGAAACGUCAUUCAUUUGGAUUUGACGAUACCCUGAGUUCCCAUGGCAAACAAUUUCUCUCUAAUUUGGCUGGAUUAGGCGGAGGAUUAGGCGGAGGAUUUGGCGGAGGAUUUGGCGGAGGAUUUGGUGGUGGCGGUGGUGGCGGUGGAGGAGGUGGUGCUGGAGGAUACGGUGGCGCCGGAGGUGGUGCUGGAGGACACGGCGCCGGCGGAGGUGGCGCUGGUGGACACGGUGGCGCCGGAGGAUAUGGUGGCGCCGGAGCUGGAGGUGGGGCUGGAGGAUACGGUGGUGCCGGAAGUGGUGCCGGAGGAUAUAGUGGCGCUGGAGCUAAUAGCGGUGCCGCUGGCGUAGGAGGAUAUGGCAAACCUGGAUGUAGUAGCGGAAAUUGUGGCGUUGGCAGUGGUGCUGGAGGAUACGGUGGCGCCGGAGGAUACGGUGGUGCUGGAGGACGCGGUAAUGCCGGAGCUGGAGGAUACGGUGGCGCUGGAGGAGGUGGUGCCGGAGGAUACGGUGGCGCUGGAGGAGGAGGUGGUGCCGGAGGAUACGGUGGCGCCGGAGCUGGAAGUAGUGCCGGGGCACAUGGAGCAGGAUCGGCUGGUAUAAUAAAGACUGCUCCUGGCGGCCCAGGUGGUUACGGUGGUGCAGGUGGCGGAGCAGGCAGUGGUGGUUAUGGUGGUGCAGGAGCUGGAAGCGGAGGUUACGGUGGUGCAGGUGGCGGAGCAGGCAGUGGUGGUUACGGUGGUGCAGGAGCUGGAAGCGGAGGUUAUGGUGGUGCAGGUGGCGCAGCAGGCAGUGGUGGUUAUGGCGGUGCAGGAGCUGGAAGCGGUGGUUACGGUGGUGCCGGUGGUUAUGGAGGUGCAGGUGCUGGAGGUGGAAGCGGCGGUGGAAGAGGUGGUGCCGGUGGUUAUGGAGGUGCAGGUGGUGGAGCUGGUAGUGGCGGUUAUGGUGGAAGUGGUGGCGGUAGCUGUCCUGGAGGAUGCAAAGGAGGUUAUGGAGGUGCUGCCGCCAAUGCGAACGCCAAUGCUUACGCAAGCGCGAACGCAAAUGCAAAGGCGACUGCUUCCGCCAAUGCGCAUGCCUUUGCUGGUUCAAGUGCGUCCGCAACUGCUAAUGCAAAUGCAAAUGCUGGUGGCGGUGGUUUUGGUGGAUUUGGUGGUGGAUUCGAUGAUUUUGGUCCUGGUGGCGGUCAUGGAGUUGAUCUCUUCAACCGCAUGGGCAAUGUCGACGAGGGAGUUAGUAAGAGCGGUAGCGUGGACAAAGCCAAAGGCGUUUAUAGCAGCAGUGCAGCCAAUAUCGAUUCUACGGGAAAGGGAUCGUACAAAGUAUCUGCUGGAAAAAUUGUUUAAGCGAUCUCUUU